AUGAAUAUAAGGAGGAAGAUCCAUAUUUUUAAAUCUGAUUCUUCUCCUCUCUCUCUCUUCCCCCCUGCGAUUUUCCUUCUCCUCCAUGCGACAGAACAGCCAGCCAUUGUUGGCUGGCAAGCUUGCUCAUCUGGCUGCCAUUUUCAACACCAUAAGCAGCAAAAUCGUCCUCUUUCUUCCCUUUUUAAAGCCUCCUACAAUUUCAGAUCAAAACCACCAAGUUUGAGCUCAAUUUUGAGCCAAACCCGAGCCCAAAAACUGGGUUGUUUUGAACAGUGGCUGUUCGUGGUCUUUUCCGAUCAAUUCCGGCUGCCACAACUCAGGUUUUCAAGAGACAGAAAGCUUCGUUCGAGGGCUUUAGAGAUGGAAUUGAUCGUCGAGCCAAGGCAUCCGGGGCCAGACAGACCCGUAGGAGGGACCUUCAGGAGGUCCAGCUAUCUCGGACCAGGAGCAAUAGACGUGCACCAGAGCGCCACCACCGGGCAGAUUCCAUAAUCCGCUCCACUCUUCCUCUUAUAUAGAAUUUUCUUUUGAAAUCAAAUUGUUCUGUUGUAUAUUCCUGAAUUAGUUGCUCUGAUGAUUUGCCCUAGGACUUUCUGUGUGGCCUAAGGCCGUUUAGUUUAUCAGAACUGUUUGGAUCUUAAAUUCGAAGCAUAUUGGCAGUUGGGAUAUGUAUAUUUAUGCUUUUGACAUGUGGAAAUUCUGGGAAAUGAUCAAAUUGCAGGGGAAACUUUGCCGAAUUUUCGGUAGAA